UAAAGAGAGAUGAGGAAUUGGUUGGAAUAGAAUUUAAAUUCUAUUUUCUUGCAAAUCCGCACAAUUCAACAGAUUCCAUCAACUGCCGAAAAAUGGCUUCAAAUUUCCAAGAUUUUUUACGAACAAUGGCAAUUUCCACAUUGUGUGGGCUCCAUGGAUGGGAAACAUAUUAUAAUAACAAGCCCUUUCAAUACUGGAAGCGAAUAUUAUAAUUAUAAAUCAAAUUUUAGUAUUGUGUUAUUUGCAGUUGUGGAUGCGGCAUACAACUUUAUUUUUGUGGACAUUGGUUCUCAAGGUAGAAUUUCAGACGGCGGUGUUUUUAAACAUACUUCACUACAUAGAAAAAUCACAGAAGACAGGCUACACUUUCCUAUGGACAAGUUACUGCCCGAAAUCGGCAAUAAUAUGCCAUAUGUUUUCUUAGCAGAUGAGGCAUUUCCCUUGAUAAAGAGGAUAAUGAAACCGUACUCGGGGAUGCACGAAAAAGGUACAACGCAGAGAAAAUUCAACUACCACCUAAGUCGUGCAAGAAGAGUUGUAGAGAAUGUUUUCGGCAUUGUUUUUGCAGUUUUUCGAGUUUUACGAAAACCCAUGCUAUUGGAACCAAAAAAGGCAAAAUACGUAAUCAUGGCAGCAGUAUGCCUACAUAACUUUCUACGAAAAAGUAAAUCUCGAAAUACUUAUACUCCCCCUGGAACAUUUGACCAAGAAGACAGCAUGGGAAAUAUAAUUCCUGGUAACUGGAGAAGUGAAGGCAACAAUGAUUUGUCAUCAUUCAUACCCAUCAGGCAAAUUCCAUGUAAAACAUCAUUGGAAGCAAAAGAAGUGCGGGAUAAAUUUGCAACUUACUUUUACAAUAAAUGAAUAUAAUACCUAUGUAAAUAUUACUUCAUUUUCUGCCUAUUAUUAUUUAUGAGUCAAAUAUACUUACAUUGAGAGAAGUUAAUGUUUCUGUUGGUUCAUCUCUGUCUAAUAAAAAGGCCAUUCGGGUGAAAGCAAACCAUUUGGAUAUAUACACUUCUUGCCUACCUAUAAAAGAAAUUGUUUUUCAAAUAUAACACCUAAUUUGGUCCACAGUGCUGUAUAAAUUACCUUUACCGGUACCAACAGAUUUUUUGCCUUUGGAUUUUUCCCGCCUGAAACUUGCCAACAUGCUCUCCAUUUUCUUUUUUACCUCUUCACUACCACACUGCAUGAUUUGACCAAUAUUGACCC